AUGUCGUCCAGAGCGCCGUCAGAGCAGACUCCCCUGCUCUCAGAGGUAGCCAGCUCUGCUGCUACCUCACUUGAGGAUGCCGAUGGUCCCCCGGCGACUACACCGUUGCCGAAAGGCCAAGUCGCUUUGCUCACAUUCACGAGACUGGCCGACCCCCUGGCGUUUGCUAUUCUAUUUCCAUUCAUCAAUUCCAUGGUAUUGAGGACGGGACAAAUAGCGGUGGAGGAAGUCGGAUAUUAUGUGGGCGCGAUCGAGAGUCUCUUCGCGUUAGUCCAGAUGAUCUUCCUCAUGCCAUGGGGCUGGGCGUCAGACAGAUAUGGUCGCAAGCCCGUUUUAUUGGUCUCUUUACUCGGCACAGUUCUGUCCACAAUUCUGUUUGGCUUUUCGACGCACCUAUGGCAGAUGUUCGCUGCACGAGCAAUCAGCGGUCUCUUCGGUGGGAAUGCCGUGGUAGUCCGGACUCUUUUCGCCGAAAUGUCUGAUAGUACAAACCAAGCGCGCGCCUUCGGUUUCUUCGCAUUCGCUUCGAACAUUGGUCUCAUGCUCGGCCCUCUGAUCGGGGGUACAUUUGCUGAACCGGAGACACAGUUUCCUCGUACAUUCGGCCGGAUUCCUCUCCUACGGAAGUAUCCAUACGCGCUGCCCUGCAUUAUCACCGGUGCAUAUGCGUUGCUCGCUUUCGCACUCAAUGUAAUCUUCCUUCGCGAGCCUGGACGUCGAGAGAACGAGGGUGUGCCGAAGGAGCAGCGCAAACCCUCGGUCCGCGCCGUGCUCACCCCGCCUGUGUUGAAGGCCCUCCUCGUCUUCAGUGCAACCACGAUCCUUGGAAUAGCGUAUAUGGCGCUUUUGCCUCUUUGGCUUUUCACACCCGUCGACCUAGGCGGGCUGUCCUUCUCACCAUCAGGGAUCUCUGUCAUUUUUGCCUCUAUCGGCUUUUCACAGUCGGUCUGGUUGCUUGUUGUGAUGCCGCCGCUGGAGAGGUCCCUCGGCACUUAUCGUCUUCUCCGAUCGUGCUUUACGUACUGGCCAUUAGGCUUCCUCAUGCCCAUACUUGCCAAUCAAUUCGCGAAAAGGAAUAACUCGGCCGGUGUAUACCUCAUUACCAGCGUUAUGUCCACACUCGGCGUUGGGACCGCGAUGGCAUUUACAUGCCUGCAGCUGAUCAUUAACAACGUUUCGCCGCGAGCUCACUUGGGCACGAUCAACGGCAUCGCUUUGACCGUCAAUAGUGCCUGGCGCACUGUAGGACCCACAGCUAUCACAUCCACGUUUGCUUUUAGUGUGGAACAUAACGUCCUUGGCCGGUACUUGGCUUGGACGAUCCUCGCUAUCUGGGCGGUCGUGGUGUAUUUUUUGAGUGCCCUUGCGCCUAAACAGGAUGUACGCAUGGCGGACGUCGUCGCACCCCCCACCACAGACGAAGAAGCGGCGGGUACUACGGGAACAGUCACAACCCAAGAUGACCAACAGUAA